AUAAUCUAUCAGGUGAGUUACCAUGCUCUCUUGGAAACUUAUUCGAUUAAAAAAGCUCAAUCUUUGGGGGAACUAUUUUGAAGGUCCUAUCCCCCUUGAAUUGGGAAACUUGAAGAGUUUGUUGCCUUUGAAAAUGAUGAGUUGCAACAUUACCGGUCUUAUCCCUUUUACCUUGGGUAAUUUAACCAAUUUGGGAACCUUGGAACUAAGCUAUAACCAUAUUACUGGUCCCAUCCCUUCUACCCUGGGUAAUUUAACCAAUUUAAAAUUUUUGGACCUAAGAGAUAACCAUAUUACUAGUCCCAUCCCUUCUACCCUAGGUAAUUUAAUCAAUUUGAAACAAUUGGACCUAAGCUAUAACCAAAUCACUGGGAUAUUCCCUCCUUUGAGUAGUUUAAUUGAUCUGGAGUAUUUGUCCCUUGAUUCAAAUUUUCUGCAAGGUCCGAUCUCUCCUGAAAUAGGAAACAUGAAGAACUUGGUUGAAUUAGAUCUCAGUUACAACAAGUUCAAGGGUCCGAUCUCUUCAUCACUAUCUAAUUUAUCCAAUUUGAGGUCUUUAUAUCUUGAAUCAAAUCUUUUACAAGGUCCAGUCCUUCAUGAAGUUGGAAAUAUGAAGAAUUUAUUUCGGUUGCAUCUUAGCAGCAACAAGUUUGCAGGCCUGAUCCCUUCAUCACUAUUUAAUUUAUCCAAUUUGAAGUCUUUGUAUCUGGAUUCAAAUCUUUUACAAGGUCCAAUCCCUCCCGAAAUUGGAAAUAUGAAGAAUCUACGAGUUUUAAAUAUUUCUUCCAAUCUUUUGGGUGGCCCCUUACCCAAAUCAGUUGGAAAUAUGAAGAAUUUAUUUCGAUUGCAUCUUAGCAACAACAAGCUUGCAGGCCUAAUCCCUUCAUCACUAUUUUAUUUAUCCAAUUUGAACUGUUUGUAUCUGGAUUCAAAUCUUUUUCAAGGUGCAAUCCCUCCUGAAAUUGGAAAUAUGAAGAAUCUACGAGUUUUAAAUAUUUCUUCCAAUCUUUUGGGUGGCCCCUUACCCAGAUCAAUAGAGAAUUUAAAAGCUUUAGAAUACCUGGACCUCUCCGAAAACAAAUUGAUUGGACCUCUUCCAUCUCUAAAAUGGGAUUGGGAGUGCUUAAAUUUACAAACAUUGUCUUUGAGAAACAACCAUAUAAAUGGAAGCAUUCCCUUUAAAAUCUUCGAUUGUCCUCACACUCUUGAUCUAAGUCAUAACUUCAUCCAGGGAGAAAUACCAGAUCACCACUUGGGUUUCUUAAGAGUUUUAGAUCUUAGCCAAAAUAAUCUAACGGGCAUAAUUCCUGGAACUUUCACGUUUUUGGAAAGCCUCAAUCUAUCAUAUAAUUCUCUAGCGGGUCCCAUUCCAGAUUACUUGAGCAAUUUAUUUGUUCCCGAGUCAUUUUCGGGCAACAAGUAUUUGUGUGGAAACAUAGCAGGUUUCCCUCCUUGCCCGCCUCCCAUUACUGCAACAGCGAGCAGCAAGGUAAAAAUGGCUAAAAUCAUCGUUCCAAUUGUCGGAUUUUUAGCCAUCUUGUCUUCAGGAUUUUUACUCUGCCACAGAUGCAGAGCUAAAAACAGCAUUUCUGAUCCAAAUGUCACAAAAAAUGGAGAUAUAUUUUCAAUAUGGAACUUUGAUGGAAGAAUUGCAUUUGAAGACAUCAUUGAGGCGACAGAGGACUUUGACAUCCGAUAUUGCAUUGGCACAGGGGGUUAUGGUAGUGUUUAUAGAGCACAAUUACCAAGUGGAAAGAUUGUUGCCUUAAAGAAACUUCACCGUUUAGAAGCAGAGGUACCAGCUUUUGACAGGAGUUUCAGGAAUGAGGCAAAACUAUUAACAGAAAUACGGCACAAGAACAUUGUGAAGCUUCAUGGAUUUUGUCUCCAUAAACGUUGCAUGUUUUUGAUUUAUGAAUACAUGGAGCGAGGGAGCUUAUUCUGUGUCCUUACAGAUGACACUGAAGCAGUGGAGUUGGAUUGGAUCAAUAGGGUGAAAAUAAUCAAAGAUACAGCAUGUGUAUCUUAUCUGCAUCAUGAUUGCCAUCCUUCAAUAGUUCAUCUAGACAUAUCAAGCAAUAACAUAUUAUUGAACUCAAAUCUGGAGGCUUCUGUCUCUGAUUUUGGCACAGCUAGACUCCUUGACCCUGAUUCAUCCAAUCAAACAAUGCUUGUUGGUACCUAUGGAUAUGUCGCACCAGAACUUGCUUAUACUAUGGUUGUAACUGAAAAAUGUGAUGUCUAUAGCUUUGGAGUAUUGGCACUAGAAACGCUCGUGGGAAAGCAUCCUGGGGAACUCUUGGUAUCACUAUCAACAUCAUCUUCCAAAAAUGUAAUGCUAAGUGAUAUAUUGGAUCCACGCCUAUCACUUCCAAGAAUUCGAAGGAUUGAACAGGAUAUUUUUUUUGCUGCAACAAUUGCAUUUGCGUGCUUGAGGUUGAAACCAAAGUCCCGGCCAACAAUGAAGCGUGUGUCUCAAGAGUUUCUUUCUCGAAAUAGACCAUCAAUGGAGCCUCUCCAAGCAAUCUCUGUGUUGCAACUCAAGGACCAUGAACUGUCUAUGGAUGGUGAAGGCAAGAUUCCAUCUCAUAAUUCUGGCCAAGAUGGUGAAAUCCAUGUCAUUUCUUCAACUUAAUUUUCAUGUCUGUUAUUUGUCUUUCCUUUCGACGUCAGAGGUUUGUCAAUUCUGAUACUGUAAUUCUGCAAUUCUGCUUAAUGUCCUUGGUUUCUUUGUUCUUGCAAACCUGAACCUUGACUGCAUAUUGUUAUUGUUAAUAUUUCGAGCUGUGACUAGUGAUUGAGAAACCAUGUCCUGUUAAUCACUCUUACCGUAGUUUGCUCGAAAUGAUGGAAAUUUCAAACCAGUCUUCUGAUCCAUUGAUUUAUAAACAAAUUAAAGACCUAACAUUUAGAUUCAUCUGGGAUCAUGAUGCAUGGGAGCUAGGUUAAUUCAACUUUAAUUACAUAUAAAGCCCAUACUGAAUUUUCUUUGCAACUAUAGAUUUGAAAAUACUUGGUAAAUGCCUUGAAAACAUCAAUAUGGUUCUAAUAUCCUAAUAUGGACAAUCAAAAAUUGCAGUCUUCAAACCAGAAAUGCAUGGAAUAUCACUGUAUAUUUGUAAAACUAAAGUAAA